UCUGCAUCGGACUGUGCAUUACAAGCAUUAGGGAGUACCUUCACUGCGCUUUGUACUUAUUUUUACUAAGAGAAUACUUUUUGCAAUAAUGCAGAAACGGCUGAACCGAUCAUGUUCGCUAUAUUUUUAACCGGCUUUAAGAUUUCAAAAGGAGGAGGUUAUCAAUUCGGGCCACUAAUAUUGCUGGGACUAGUAGCGACCACAUCAUGCCUGCCACUAGAAGAAAAAGAAGACCCAACACCGACCACAGAGAGCAUAGAGCAAAUCCAAAAAACCAUAAAGGUAGUCUCUUACAUACAAAACUUCAAAAACGUAAUGGCUGACUACGUCAACUCUCAAUACAACCUAACUGUACACGAUAUGGAGAAAAUAAAGCAAACCCUAGAAGAAUUUCUAAUCAGUUUCGCGAACGAUCUUCGAGAAACAGUUGAAGAGCAACAGAAAAAUGUGACGUUUGAAAAAGAGCGCGAAAAAAUUCAAGAUGGCGUCCCGGAUGCGACUUUCAAGGAAAUAAGAGAUAGGAUUAUGACAGAGUUUCCAGAUAUCAAGGAAGAAACUGCUGAUGUAAUUGUUUAUAAAUUGAGAAAGAAUUUAUAUGAGACGCGGCAGAAGAUUGAUUAUGUUAUUAAGACGUCUUCUGAGAGGGAAUUCGAAUAUGCCAUAGCUUAGUUUUUCUAAGAUCAGAGUACGUAUUUAA